CGAACUCGUUUCUCAGGAGCCCUUUAGAAAACGCGUCGUCCUCAUAGACCAUAGGAUAGCAAAAUCGUUACGAGCUCUAAAUUCUAUCGCCUAAUAUAAGUAUAACGGUACCAUGUGCCCGUGCAAUAUAAGUGCAAACAAUGAAGGAUUCGACCCCAUCUCUCUCCCGCACGCAUGGCUCUCCCGGUUCCCCUUUCCUUAAUCUCCCGUUUCAAAAGGCAGAAAGCAAGGAGAGGUGCCGUGAGGCGUUGGAUGAGACGGACAUUUCCUCAACUUUCGCGUUGAAUGCCAACGGCUUUCUAACGCCCUACAAUUUUGGUAACCGCCUCUCGUCUUGACAUUGCUGCUCUCAAAACCUCCACCCCACUUGUUCCACUCAUUCAAUCAAUCUUCAAGGACAAAGCAAACUGCCUCUUGUUUUCGAUUUCGAUUUCGAUUUCUGAUCAUGACCUGCAUUUUCUUCUUUCCCAACAUCGCAUUGGCAGGAAGAAAGUGAGGCUCCAAUUGAUUCUUAAGUUUGAGGCAUUCUCCACGGAAAUAAUAGAUUAACGACAUAGUAAACAUAUUGGAGAAUUGGGUCUGGUGAUCACAGCAGUGAGCUUGUGGUUUAUUCGGAUUUAGCCAUCACAAACUGAGGGUAUUAUAUGUUGCUUCUUGAAAAUUAGUGAGUGAGUUCUUCUCAAAAAAAAAAACUAGUGAGUGAGUAGGCUUGAGUUCAAAAGAUAAGAAGAAUGGACUUCAGUGAUGGGUUUGUAUCAAAGGAGCAUCGGGAGCUUCACCGAUCUGCUUCAGAAAGUGCAGAUCCGUUGUCUGCAUCCCCAUUGCCAGUUUCUGCAAGGUCCCCAAAGUCCCCCAAAUCUUCAAAGUCCCCAAAGUCUCCAAAGUCUCCAAAGAUUCAGGGGAAACAUGGAAAAGGAAGUCCACUUAAGCAUGAUAGACAUUCUCAUUCUGCAGUUGAUGGGCGUCCUAAAAAGGGUGGUUCUGGGGGUAAAGGCACCUGGGGAGGGUUACUUGAUACGGAUGACAAUUACACUGCUGACCCGAAUGACCCAAACUUCAAUAGUAGUGAGGAAUGUGAAAAUUCCGAUGCUAGAAAAGAGAGGGUUGAUUUUGAGGAGUACAAAAAGAAAGCUACAAUAAUAGUGGAGGAAUACUUUGCUACUGACGAUAUUACCUCGACUGCAAAUGAACUUGGAGAGCUUGAUAGGCCUACCUACAGCUACUAUUUUGUAAAGAAGCUUGUCUCUAAGGCGAUGGAUAGGCAUGACAAAGAAAAAGAAAUGGCUGCUGUUCUUUUAUCUGCACUAUAUGCUGACUACAUUGACCCCCCGCAAGUUUACAAGGGAUUCUGCAAAUUGGUAGAAUCUGCGGAUGACUUCAUUGUGGAUAUACCUGAUACAGUUGAUGUUCUUGCUCUGUUCAUUGCCCGAGCUGUGGUUGAUGACAUACUUCCUCCUGCAUUCUUGAAGAAACAAAUGAACUACUUACCCAAAGAUUCGAAAGGGAUUGAAGUAUUGAAAAGAGCUGAAAAGGGCUACUUAGCAGCCCCGCUCCAUGCAGAAAUCAUUGAGCGGCGAUGGGGAGGUAGCAAGAAAAUGACUGUGGAGGAUGUCAAAGCUAAGAUUAAUGAUUUGUUGAUAGAGUAUGUAGUGAGUGGUGACAAGAAAGAGGCUUGCAGAUGCAUCAAGGAUUUGAAAGUUCCAUUUUUUCACCAUGAAAUAGUUAAACGAGCUCUUGUAAUGGCAAUGGAGAGGCGUCAAGCUGAAGGCCAACUACUAAAUUUGCUGAAAGAAGCUGCUGAAGAAGGUUUAAUAAACUCCAGUCAAGUAUCAAAAGGCUUCGGUAGGAUGAUUGACUAUGUUGAUGACUUAUCACUCGACAUACCAAAUGCACGGGGUAUAUUGCGGUCAUUGAUCUCCAAGGCAGCAUCAGAGGGCUGGUUGUGUGCUUCAUCUUUGAAGUCACUAUCUCUGCAGCCAGAAAAGCGAUCAUUAGAAGAUAGUGUUGCCAGAGUUUUCAAGACAAAGGCUCAAUCUAUUAUUCAAGAGUACUUCUUAUCUGGAGAUAUCUCAGAGGUAAACAGUUGUGUAGAGUCUGAGAAUAGUACUUGUUCAUCUGAGCUGAAUGCUAUCUUUGUUAAAAGAUUGAUAACUCUAUCAAUGGAUCGGAAGAACAGAGAGAAGGAAAUGGCAUCCGUCUUACUGUCAUCCCUGUGUUUUCCAGCUGAUGAUGUUGUAAAUGGGUUUGUAAUGUUGAUAGAAUCUGCAGAUGACACAGCUCUGGAUAAUCCAGUAGUUGUCGAAGAUCUUGCAAUGUUUCUCGCUAGAUCUGUGGUGGACGAAGUCCUAGCCCCACAGCACUUGGAAGAGAUUGGAAGUCAGUGCUUGGCUGCAGAGUCGAUUGGGAGCAAGGUUCUUAAAAUGGCUAGGUCAUUGUUAAAGGCUCGGCUUUCUGGGGAGCGGAUAUUAAGGUGUUGGGGUGGUGGUGGCAGAAUCGGAUGGGCAGUUGAGGAUGUGAAGGACAAGAUUGGGAAGUUGCUAGAAGAAUUUGAGUCUGGAGGGGACGUUAGAGAAGCUUGCCGCUGCAUGAAGGAGUUAGGCAUGCCAUUUUUCAACCACGAGGUUGUCAAAAAAGCUCUAGUGACGAUUAUGGAAAAGAAGAAUGAGAGACUUUGGAUUUUGCUGGAGGAAUGUUUUGGCUCUGGACUCAUUACAACGAACCAAAUGGCAAAGGGGUUUGGGAGAGUUGUAGAUUCUCUCGAUGAUUUGGCUUUGGAUGUUCCUGAUGCCCGGAAACAAUUUACUCAUUACGUUGAACGAGCAAAGAAUGCAGGGUGGCUGGAUUCCUCAUUUUGCUUCAGCAAAUCAGGACACAGUACAGAGAAUGGCACUGGCUAAUUAGUUAGCUGUUUUCUUAAUCGCACAUUAUGAGCUUUAUACACACAAAAAUAUGCAUGCAAAUAAACAUAUUGUUUAAUGAAAAUGUUGUCAUUUAAUGAUGUUAGCAGGCUAAUGACAUUGUAUAAAGGCUAACAUUUUCAUUAGAUGUCAAUUCUAUUCUUCACUCCAACCUCCUGGUGUAUUAGUUAAAGUCCUAAUGAUUGCAAGAACUUUUGAUUUUCACUGA